GACUUGCGCGACGCUUGGACUCUGCGCUCCACGCAUCCCCAGUAAAUACACGUCUCUUAUCAGUUAUCUAGAGAAUAACAUGGAGGGCGGCCCCAGUACACAGUUUGAUAAAUAUACAAAAGUUUGGAGUGGACCAAGGCCGGCGCAUUUCUUUGACGUCGAUUGCUCCAUUGGCAAAAUAUUGUUUGCCUUCAUGCGCAACCAUCCGGCAAGCCUUUGCCAGAUCUGCGAUACGGAGGGCACAGCUCUGACAAAUGGCGAAGCCAUCAGCUUUGCCAUACGCAUCGCCCAGCAGCUGAAGGCGAUGAAUCUGCGACAAGACGAUGUAGUUGGCAUUGCCGCCACCAACACCACAUAUCUGAUGCCUGUGGUGCUCGGCUGUCUGCUCAACGGCACGCCCUUUCAUGCCGUCAGCCCCUGGCACGACGAGCCCACCUUCAAGCAUUUGUUCUGCAUCACCCGACCACGGAUCAUCUUCUGUGAUGGUUCUGUCUAUGACAGACUGAGCGCCAUAGCCAAAAUGUUAAAGGCGCCCGUUUAUACGCUCAAGGAUCAUCGGAUACAGCUUCCACGCAUUGAGGAUCUACUUGAGCCAACAAAACAGGAGAUCCACUAUAUACCGGAACCUCUGAUGCUGGGCGGCGAUCAGACAGUAGCUAUACUGUGCACCUCUGGCACGACAGGCUUGCCGAAAGCGGUUUGCAUAUCCAACUCCGCUUGCCUGUUCGACUUUGGCUUUGUCACCGGCCAAGAUGUGCUGUUGUCCUUCAGCACCAUCGACUGGGCACCGGGGUUGUUCAACAUGCUCUUCAGCUGCUGCCACGGCUCAACACGCGUCAUCACCGACCAUGCCUAUACGCCGGAGUAUAUGCUGCAGCUGAUCGAAAAGUAUAAGGUGACGUUGCUGACUGUGGCACCGCAGCAGGUCGCCUCGCUGAUCAAGGCUCCCACGCUCAGCCAGCAGAGAUUGGCCAGCGUUCGCUUCAUCAGCAUUGGGGGCGGCAACUGCUAUGUGGCCAAUCUGUUGAAGCUUCAAGACUAUCUGCUCAAUGGUCAAAUUUCUUAUGGCUACGCAUUAACCGAAUGCGGAGGUGUUGCAGCAAACAUGGGCGUGGCCAAGCCCUCAUCUGUGGGCAGGAUAGUGCCGGGAGUUAAAGUAAAAAUCCUGGAUGAUGCCGGCCGCAGCUUAGGCCACGGCGAAACGGGCGAGAUCUUGGUGCAUAAUGGCAAAGUUUGGAAUGGCUAUUAUGGCAAUCCAAACGAGUCGAAGCACAUGCAGGACUACCAAGGCUGGUUUCAUACCGGCGACAUGGGCUACUUUGACAACGAGAAUUUCUUGCAUAUCGUGGAACGUAAGCGCGACAUGUUGCGCUUCCAUGGAGCCCAAUACUGCCCCUACGAACUGGAGCAGGUAAUUGCGGAGCUGCCCGAUGUGAUUGAGGCGUGUGUGUUUGGCCUCUGGAACGAGGUCGACGGCGACCCAGCUGCAGCAGCCGUUGUCAAAAUACCUGGCAGUCGCCUUAGCGAAAUGGAUAUUGUGGAAUACGUGGCUAAGCGUUUGGUGGUCGAUCACAAGCAGCUCCACUGUGGGGUCUUCUUUCUCAACGAACUGCCAAAGACGGGCAGCGGCAAGGUACUCCGCCAACAGGCCCGAGAUCAGGCACUGGGCAAACAUUGGACCGACUAUCGCAAUGGACAUUAAUUAUUAUUGUGUAUAAAUUGUUCGUUGUGGCUUUAGGUCUUAGAAUUUAGGCAUUUUAUUUA